UCGCUCAAGAGGUGCUAGCCAAUCACAAUUCAGCAGUCCGGACGUAACGUUAACUUCCUUUUGAACAUCUACAACUUUAUUGAUAGGAUUGCCGCAACAAACACCGCGAGGUCUGAACAGAACUGCUUUCAGUUAGUUCGUUUAUGGAUUGGAGACUGUGUGAUGAGAGAUUUGAGACGCUGCCCGUUUUUUAAUUAGCAAAUUGUUGGAAGACAUCAGAGAUUAACAGGAGUAGACGUUUUAGGUCUUCUGAACGAAUGCUAGUGCUUUGUUAUUGUCGUUAAUUAUUUAAAUAGCUUUAGCACGUAGCAUCAUGGCCAGUCCCGCGAGCGCGAACAUGAACGCUGUCCGGGAGACUAUGGAUGCUCUCCUGGAGAUAUCCAGGUUGUUGAACACAGGAUUGGACAUGGAGUCUCUGUCGAUAUGUGUCCGUCUCUGUGAGCAGGGGAUCAAUCCCGAAGCUCUGUCAUCAGUUAUCAAAGAGCUCCGAAGAGCAUCGGACGCAUUAAAGGUAACGUCAGUCACUAGUCAAGGAUGACCUAUCAAAAUGUCAUUGAUGAUGGAGUGGUCCCUGUUUGAGACGAAAGAAAACUGCACAAUGCAUUGUGUAUAUAAACAUGUACAUAGGAUUAAUUUGUUAAAGCAGUUGUUUUGCCUUGUGUUUGACCUACUUUCAAGUGCCUCAGGAUGUACAAUUGGACUAUUAAAAGUGUCCUGUUUUUCCUUUUUGUGUGUUAUUUAAAUAUUGUU